ACAAGAGACAUAUGGAAGAAACCGUUUCAUUUCAUUGAUGCGAUGGCCUAAUGAAAUCGAAACCGAUAGUCUCUUGUUAGUAGUGGUAGUAUCAUUGCAAAGGUAGCUAACCCUUCCUAUUUAUGGUUUCCAAAAAAAUCAGUUCUAGAUUCAGCCGGACAAAUAAAUCCCUUCUGCACAUAGAUGAGUUAUCACAGAGAUUUUCAUCCUCGUCAGGUGACGAGAGAGAGAGCUCUGCGCGAUUGGAUGCUGGAUGAAACAGCAGAAAACCUACAUAGGAAUUUUAGGUCGGGAUACCCUGGAGAUCCACAAACGAAGGCUUGGCUUAGUAAUCACAAGCAUUCGGUGUUUGGAUUCCCUAAGUUGGUGCGCUUCAGUUGGGGAACUUGCUCGGCUUAUUCUAAAGAUUUCGUCGAGGUUUUAUGGGAAUCGGGUGAGGAUGGUAAUGGAAGCAACGGCAAGCGGCAAAUGAGCAAACAAGGUACAGCAUCACUCCAGCUAAGGGAAAAAGUGAAGACAUUGAAUCUAGCGGUAAAGGAUUGCAAGAACCGAUUGUGAGGAACAACCUGCAUUACACCUUAUUUCCGACUCACUGACAUUUCUGUAAGUUAUUCAUGUUUGUUUUGUAUGACAAAAUCCAUUGAAGAAGGCUGCUUCCUAUACAAAUUUGGAGUUCAUGAUUCUAUUGUUCGUUUUCUUCUAUUUACGGAACAUGCAACUUUUAAAAUUAUAUCAUGCGAAUAUUCCGGGCUACGAGUAUAUAGGAUGGAAACCCGGGCUGGCAGAAGAAUGAAGGGAUUAACUUGGUUGUCCCUGUGCCUUGGUGUAACAAUGCCACGUACUUGUUGUCCCGUGUAUCAACAUUCAAUAUGACUAUUGUUAAAGACAUGAGGAUGCCUAAACAAUACAUGGCACUACUUGUUCGUUUCGUAUGACAAAAUCCUUUGAAAAAGGCUGCUGCCUAUACAAAUUUGGAGUUCCAAAUUCGAUUGGUUGUCGUCACAUUUAAAAUUACGUCAUAAGAAUAUUCCGGGCUACGAGUAUAUAGGAUGGAAACCCGGGCUGGCAGAAGAAUGAAGGGAUAACUUGUUAUCCCUGUGCCUGGGUCUAACAACGCCACGUACUUGUUGUCCCGUGUAUCAAUAAUUCAAUAUGACUAGAAGGAGUAAGGAAAUAGGUGACCGUUCUUUUGAGAAAGAAGAAUAUUGCAGCAUGAUUAGUAUAUUGGUAACAAAUUAGACAAUGCUCUAUCAUCCAAACUACAUUAGAAUUCCUUUGUUUGUGUGGGUGUGUAUUGAAGUCACCGUUCAUGAUUAACAUCCUUUUCUGAUAGUUGCUAUCGACUGCUGGAACUGAAUGUGACUUUUCAAAGUUUGUAUUAUGUGUUUCUCUAGUAUUGAAGAUAUUUUAUUUAUCAGAGUACCCUGCAGUUUAAUACAUAUUGUCCUUAUCCUUUUGCUCAGCUCGUCAAACUUUGUAGGUGUUUAUUAAUAUCCAAAGCUGUCAGUUCCUCUAAACAGUAGGUUGGAUUGGAUGUAUCUCACGCCUUUCUUGACUUGGGAUUCUUCACUGGAGAACUUGUUCUCACUUUGCUUUCUUCCUAUCAACCAUUUAUGCGACGAGGUGUUUCUCUAAUUGGUGUUCCUGUGCAGGCUCUUCACGUAGUUUUUCUUGGCAAGGCUGUUUUUUUAAGACAUUCUGAUGGUGUUAUAAGUGGAUGGAACCUGCUGUUUUUAAGAUGAGAUGACAAUUUAAAGGGCACUGAGGUUUUUGUAGGUGGUGAUUCUGUGCACUCCAGCUCUCUGUUUUUGCUUCAGAUCAUUUGCAUGUUUAGGCUGUUUUUAUUUUUUUAUUUUUUUUUAUUUUUUUUUAUUUCUUUAACGGUGACAUUAGUAGAUGGAACUUCUAUUUUAGCAUAUGAUGGUCAGAGUUUUCUGGCGUGUGCAAGUGUGUUGAUGUUUGGCGUCCUCAAGGUGGUAAGAGAUGCUGUGUGAUUACAAAUUUGAACUGUGUUACUAUAGGAUGAUAUGUCCUGUUGAUGUCUAGUAGAGUUUUCAAGGUGGUUAGGAGCUGGUUCGUGACUUGAAAAAUUGCAUGAUGCUGUUCAAAUGAUUGGUGCAUCUUAUGUUAUAUUGGGUUAGGUUUGCUUGUAGUUGAAGUGUUAUUUUUUUUUUUUUUCGUCCAGCUACUAUUCAAUAUUGUUGGUCUUCAUGUUCCUAGUUUAUUAAUGUUUAUGUGUGAAGUAAUAAUCUGUCUAUGGGAUACAUUUGUAACUUUUGUCUAGCAAAUGCCUGGUCCUUUCUGGAAUUGAUUUAUCAUUCUUUUAGUUCAUCAGUUGUAUAUUUUAAUUAUACUUCUGUAGCACUUGUUUGUGGGGUGGAUAAUGCUUAAUAGUUUUGAAAUCCUAUGUCAAGACAACUAUGUUUACAUCUACCAGCUAGAGGGACAUGUUGCCUUAGGUUAUGUUUUGACUUUGCAAAUGUGACUGAUAUUUUGGCCUUCUACUUUUACUAGGAUGAUGCACUAAACUGAUGCAAUCAUUAUUCUACACCUCAUGAAUCAAGCAUGCUGUUGACUCUAAGUUGAUUAUUUCUGGCGUAGUGUUAUAUAUAUCAACAAAUCGAGGAUUUGACGGUGCAUUUCAUUGAUUCAGAUCUGAAUUCCAAAUGCAAAAUUUCUUGAACUCUUUCUGAGAAAAGUGAAUUUAGAUGUUUUUGUUUGUAGACGAAAAAACAUUAAUGAUUGUGAAAACAAGAGGCUUAGAUAUAUUCUCCAUUUGAUUCUUUUUGUGUUUCUUUGUGAAUAAAUUAUUAGAAUGAGGAUUGAUUCAUAUGAAUUGUUUUAUGGAUAGAGAAUGAGGGAGUGAAUGUAGAAAUUUGUAGCAAACCCGCUUAAAAUGGAUUUUGGUUGCGAUCGAAGUUCUUCAUUCGGUCUUUGUUCUUGGUUAACAUUGGACUUAUGUGUAUAUGUAUGACUCGUUGCUUGAAGAAUCAUUUAUGUUUCUUGUGCUUUAUUCAUUCAAUUUUUUGUAGUUCUUGCAAUGGUCAGUGCCUUGUAAGAAAGGCUUCAAAGGUUUCAGAUAUUAGAGCUUUAGAAAUACAAUAAGCCUUGCUUUGGCCAUUGAUUUUGCUUACAUUGGAUCUAUUUGUAUCUGUAUGAUUUGUUGCUUGUAGAAUCAGCUACGUUUCUUGUUGUUUAAUCACCCAUGCUUCUGCAUAUCUUGUGGUUGUUGUUGUCUUGUAAAAAGGAAUUCAAAGGUUUAUGCAACAAGGCCUUGAUCUGUCCUUUGAUUUUUCUUCCAUUGGAAUUAUGUGUAUAUCUAUGAUUUGCUGCUUGAGGAAAUCAUGUUUUUGUUGUUCUUGUGAUUCUCGUUGUCUUGUAAGAAAGACUUCGACGAGAAUGCCUGCCCAAAAGCCCGACGAAAACAACGAAUGAAUGAGAAGUGCAAUCUGAGUAAAUGGAAGUCAGAAAAGGAUGAGAACUGCAAAGGCAAUGUGAAGCCAUCUUCUCCUAGGCAGAAAGGCUUGUGGUGAAGAUGAGACCAGCCACCAGUCCUGGGAGAUGCUCGAAGCCGAUUGAAGGCCGGCAGCCAAUAGAACGGGUAAUGUACAUGUCCCUAUGAUCGGGUUCGGUUUCGACGGUUUGUUUUUCAAAUAUAUAGAAUAAUAUCUGCUAAAUAAAAUUAGGAAAAAAAAAAAUAUAUCUAUAAGAUUUUAUUUAAUAGUAUUAAAUUUUGAUUUUUAAAUAUAGUUUUUUGGUAUUUUUAAUUUUUAGGUAAAUUGUUCUUUUAGUUUUUCCUUAUCAUUUUAGACUAUGUCUGAAAAUAGUCUCGUAAGUAAAUUUUUUUUAGCUAGUCCUCCGGUGUCGGAUUUGUCACGUUAGUCCGUCGUUCCUAAUGUGGCGCUGACGUGUGUGUCGUCAUCACGUAGAUGCCACGUCGGAGGUUCAUUUUAGCGGAAAAAAAAUUUUAUUUGUAAAACUCUUUCAUUUCAUAUAGAGUUUAUUUAAAAAUGAUAAAAAUAAGUCAUGCUGGGCUAAAAAAUAGUUUACUACAAUAUUAUGUAAAAUAAAAAAAAAAAUCCAUAAGAUAUUAUGUAAAAUAGAAAAAAUUCACUUGUCACUGACGUAGCAUUUACAUGGUGAUGACACAUCAAUCAUGUCAGCGCCACGUCAGCGCAUCUACAUGGUGAUGACACAUCAAUCAUGUCAGCGCCACGUCAGCACAUCUACAUGGUUGGUGAUGACACAUCAAUCAUGUCAGCGCCACAUCAGCAACAGCCAGCUAAUGUGACAAGUCUGGUACUAGAGGAUCAUUUUAGCGAAAAAAUUUCUAUUUACGAAACUAUUUUUUCAAAUAAGGUCCACAAAUAAUAAAAAUGGUUAGAUA